UCUGAUUGAAAGAUGGGGGAUGCUGUGAUGGCAGAGUUCGGGCCAGCCGCCCCGUUCUUACGAAAGUCAGACAGGGAGCGUCUGGAGGCCCAAACUCGCCCCUUCGACAUGAAGAAGGAAUGCUUUGUGCCCGACCCUGAGGUUGAGUUCGUCAAAGCCUCCAUCACCAGUAGAGACGGUGACAAAGUCACUGUUGACACUGAAUUCGGGAAGACAGUUACUGUGAAGGAGGUUGAUGUUCACCCCCAGAACCCGCCAAAGUUCGAUAAAAUUGAGGACAUGGCGAUGUUCACCUUCCUGCACGAGCCCGCAGUGCUGUUUAACCUCAAAGAGCGUUACGCAGCCUGGAUGAUCUACACCUACUCUGGGCUCUUCUGUGUCACUGUGAACCCCUACAAGUGGCUGCCAGUGUACAACCAGGAAGUUGUGAAUGCAUAUAGAGGAAAGAAACGAACUGAGGCCCCUCCACACAUCUUCUCCAUCUCAGACAAUGCCUACCAGUACAUGCUGUCAGACAGAGAAAACCAGUCUGUCCUGAUCACUGGAGAAUCUGGUGCUGGAAAGACUGUGAACACUAAAAGAGUAAUCCAGUACUUUGCGAGCAUUGCAGCAGCAACAACCGGCAAGAAGGAUCAAUCAAUGGAGAAAAAGGGUACUCUGGAGGAUCAAAUCAUCCAGUGUAAUCCUGCUCUGGAGGCUUUCGGUAACGCCAAGACCAUCAGAAAUGACAACUCCUCCAGAUUUGGUAAAUUCAUCCGCAUCCACUUUGGCCACAGUGGAAAGUUAUCUUCUGCUGACAUUGAGACUUAUCUGCUGGAGAAGUCUCGUGUCACUUUUCAGCUCAAGGCUGAGAGAGACUACCACAUCUUCUAUCAGAUUCUGUCCCAGAGAAGACCAGAACUGCUGGAGAUGCUGCUCAUCACCAACAACCCCUAUGAUUACGCCUUCAUCUCCCAAGGAGAAACACAAGUGGCUUCUAUUAAUGACGGUGACGAGCUGAUGGCCACUGAUGAAGCGUUCGAUGUGUUGGGCUUCACCCAUGAGGAAAAGAACAGCAUCUACAAGCUGACUGGUUCUGUCAUGCACUUCGGCAACAUGAAGUUCAAGCAGAAGCAAAGAGAGGAACAGGCCGAGGCUGAUGGGACUGAGGAAGCUGACAAAAUCUCAUAUCUGAUGGGCCUAAAUUCAGCUGACCUGAUCAAGGGUUUGCUCCACCCAAGAGUCAAAGUAGGAAAUGAGUGGGUCACCAAGGGACAGAGUGUCCAGCAGGUGUACUACUCUAUUGGUGCUCUGGCAAAGUCAGUGUAUGAGAAGAUGUUUCUUUGGAUGGUUGUGAGAAUCAACCAAUCCCUGGCCACCAAACAGCCUCGCCAGUACUUCAUUGGUGUGCUGGACAUUGCUGGAUUUGAGAUCUUUGAUUCCAACACCUUUGAGCAGCUGUGCAUCAACUUCACUAAUGAGAAGUUGCAGCAGUUCUUCAACCACCACAUGUUUGUGCUGGAGCAAGAGGAAUACAAGAAGGAGGGCAUUGAGUGGGUUUUUAUUGACUUUGGCAUGGACCUGCAGGCUUGUAUUGAGCUUAUUGAAAAGCCCAUGGGUAUCAUGUCCAUCCUUGAAGAGGAGUGCAUGUUUCCCAAAGCCAGUGAUGCAACGUUUAAAGCUAAGCUUUAUGACAAUCAUAUGGGGAAAACUCCAAACUUCCAGAAGCCUAGGAUUGUCAAGGGUAAACCAGAGGCUCAUUUUGCCCUCGUUCACUAUGCUGGUACUGUGGACUACAACAUUGCAAACUGGCUGGUAAAGAACAAAGACCCUCUCAAUGAGACGGUUGUAGGGUUUUUCCAGAAGUCAACUCUUAAGCUGUUGUCCAUUCUGUUUGCUAAUUACGCUACUGAUGACUCAGCUACAGAUUCUGGAGGAAAGGCUGCCAAAGGCAGCAAAAAGAAGGGUUCUUCCUUCCAGACGGUGUCAGCCCUUCAUAGGGAGAACUUGAACAAGCUGAUGACCAACUUGAGGUCAACUCACCCUCACUUUGUGCGCUGCCUCAUCCCCAAUGAGACCAAGACUCCUGGGGCGAUGGAGAAUCCUCUGGUCAUGCACCAGCUGCGCUGUAACGGUGUGCUGGAGGGCAUCAGGAUCUGCAGGAAGGGAUUCCCCAACAGGGUCCUGUAUGGAGAUUUCAAACAACGAUACCGCAUCCUAAAUCCUGCUGCUAUCCCUGAGGGACAGUUCAUUGAUAACAAGAAGGGUUCAGAAAAACUUCUGGGCUCUCUGGACAUCGAUCACAACCAGUACAAGUUAGGGCAUACUAAGGUGUUUUUUAAGGCUGGUCUUUUGGGAACUCUUGAAGAAAUGCGAGAUGACCGUCUUGCACUUAUUAUAACUGGAAUUCAGUCCAUGUCUCGUGGUUUUCUAUCAAGAGAUGAGUUCAAGAAAAUUGUGGAAAGAAGAGACUCUCUGUUGGUGAUUCAGUGGAACGUACGUGCUUUCAUGGGUGUCAAGAAUUGGCCCUGGAUGAAGCUCUACUUUAAGAUCAAGCCUCUGUUGAAAAGUGCAGAGACUGAGAAAGAAAUGGCCAACAUGAAGGAGGAAUUCACCAAGUUGAAGGAAGCUUAUGCCAAAUCUGAAGCCCGCAGAAAGGAGCUUGAGGAAAAGAUGGUUUCUCUUAUCCAAGAGAAGAACGACCUGCAGCUAUUAGCACAGUCUGAGCAAGAUAAUCUUGUAGAUGCUGAGGAGAGAUGUGAGGGUCUGAUCAAGAGCAAGAUCCAGCUUGAGGCCAAAGUCAAAGAAAUGACUGAGAGACUGGAGGAUGAAGAUGAAAUGAAUGCUGAGCUGACUGCAAAGAAACGAAAGCUGGAGGAUGAAUGCUCUGAGCUCAAGAAGGACAUUGAUGAUCUUGAACUCACUCUGGCCAAAGUGGAGAAAGAGAAACAUGCCACUGAGAAUAAGGUUAAAAACAUGAUAGAAGAGAUGGCAGCUUUGGAUGAAAUCAUCGCUAAGCUGACCAAGGAGAAGAAAGCUCUUCAGGAGGCCCAUCAGCAAACGCUGGAUGACCUCCAGAGUGAGGAAGACAAAGUCAACACACUCACCAAAGCCAAAGCCAAGCUGGAGCAACAAGUGGAUGAUCUUGAAGGUUCUUUAGAACAAGAAAAGAAAAUCCGCAUGGAUCUUGAGAGAGCUAAAAGAAAGCUUGAGGGGGACUUGAAGUUGACUCAAGAGAAUGUGAUGGAUUUGGAAAAUGACAAGCAGCAGACGGAGGAGCGGCUAAAGAAAAAAGACUUUGAAAUAAGCCAGCUCAACAGCAAGAUUGAAGACGGACAAGCUUUGGAGUCCCAACUCCAGAAAAAACUGAAAGAGUUGCAGGCCCGAAUUGAAGAGCUUGAGGAAGAGCUGGAGGCUGAGAGAGCUGCUCGCGCCAAAGUUGAGAAACAGAGAGCUGAUCUGUCCAGAGAAUUGGAGGAGAUCAGUGAGAGGUUAGAGGAGGCUGGUGGAGCCACUGUUUCUCAGAUUGAGAUGAACAAGAAACGUGAAGCUGAGUUCCAGAAACUGCGCAGAGACCUUGAAGAGUCCACUCUGCAACAUGAGUCCACUGCGGCUACACUGAGGAAGAAACACGCAGACAGUGUGGCUGAUCUGGGGGAGCAGAUUGACAACCUCCAGAGAGUGAAGCAGAAGCUGGAGAAAGAGAAGAGUGAACUCAAACUGGAACUGGACGAUGUGGUCUCCAGCAUGGAGCAGCUUGCAAAGGCAAAGACAAACCUGGAGAAAAUGUGCAGGACUCUGGAAGACCAGAUGAGUGAGUACAGAACCAAGGCUGAGGAAGGUCAGCGCACAAUCAAUGAUUUUGCAUUGCAAAAAUCCAAGCUGCAAACUGAAAAUGGUGAACUUGCCAGACAGUUUGAGGAGAAAAACUCCCUGGUGACUCAGUUAACCAGAGGCAAACAAUCCAACACUCAGCAAAUUGAAGACCUCAAGAGACAGCUCGAAGAAGAAGUCAAGGCUAAGAAUGCCCUGGCCCAUGCAGUUCAGUCUGCUCGUCAUGAUGCUGAUCUGUUGAGGGAGCAAUAUGAGGAGGAGCAAGAAGCCAAGGCUGAGCUACAGCGUGGUAUGUCCAAGGCAAACUCUGAAGUGGCUCAGUGGAGAACCAAGUAUGAAACUGAUGCCAUCCAGAGGACUGAGGAGCUGGAGGAAGCAAAGAAAAAGCUGACUCAGCGUCUGCAAGAUGCAGAAGAAGCUGUGGAAGCUGUCAAUGCUAAAUGCUCCUCUCUAGAGAAGACCAAGCACAGGCUGCAGAAUGAGAUUGAAGAUCUCAUGGUGGAUGUGGAGAGAUCCAAUGCUGCUGCUGCUGCUCUGGACAAGAAGCAAAGAAACUUUGAUAAAGUCCUGGCUGAGUGGAAGCAGAAGUAUGAGGAGUCCCAAACGGAACUGGAAAGUGCCCAAAAGGAAGCUAGAUCUCUGAGCACUGAACUCUUUAAAUUGAAAAACUCGUAUGAGGAGUCAUUGGACCACCUGGAGUGCAUGAAGAGAGAAAACAAGAAUCUCCAAGAGGAAAUUUCUGACCUCACUGAGCAACUUGGUGAGAGUGGGAAGAAUAUUCAUGAGCUGGAGAAACUACGAAAACAACUGGAGCAGGAGAAACAAGAGAUACAAACUGCUCUCGAAGAGGCUGAGGGUUCCCUUGAACACGAGGAAGGCAAGAUACUUAGAGCUCAGCUGGAGUUCAAUCAGGUCAAAGCUGAUAUUGAACGUAAGCUGACAGAGAAAGAUGAAGAGAUGGAGCAAACCAAGAGGAACUUGCAGAGAAUGGUGGAUACCCUGCAAAGCUCACUGGAAUCAGAGACUCGCAGCAGGAAUGAAGCUCUCAGACUGAAGAAGAAGAUGGAGGGAGACCUCAAUGAGAUGGAGAUUCAGCUCAGCCAGGCUAACAGACAGGCAUCAGAAGCCCAGAAGCAACUCAAGGGUCUUCAUGGACAUCUCAAAGAUGCCCAACUGCAACAAGAUGAAGCUCUUCGUAGUAAUGAUGAUCUCAAAGAGAACAUUGCCAUUGUGGAGAGACGCAACAAUCUGCAGCAGGCUGAACUGGAUGAGCUGAGAUCCCUGGUGGAACAAACUGAGAGAGGAAGGAAACUGGCUGAGCAGGAACUGCUGGAUGUCAGUGAGAGAGUUCAGCUCCUACAUUCUCAGAACACCAGCCUGCUGAAUCAGAAGAAGAAGCUGGAGGGGGAUAAUACUCAGCUUCAGACUGAGGUUGAGGAGGCAGUGCAGGAGAACAGGAAUGCCGAGGAAAAAGCCAAGAAGGCCAUCACUGAUGCUGCCAUGAUGGCAGAGGAGCUGAAGAAGGAGCAGGACACCAGUGCUCAUCUGGAGCGCAUGAAGAAGAACAUGGAGCAGACCAUCAAGGACCUGCAGCACCGUCUGGAUGAGGCUGAGCAGAUCGCCAUGAAGGGAGGCAAGAAGCAGGUCCAGAAACUGGAGGCCAGGGUGAGAGAGCUGGAAAGUGAGGUGGAGAUAGAACAGAGAAAGGCCAGUGACUCCAUCAAGGGGAUUCGUAAAUAUGAGAGACGUAUCAAGGAGCUCACCUACCAGACUGAGGAAGACCGUAAGAAUCUGGCUCGCCUGCAGGAUCUGGUGGACAAACUCCAGCUGAAGGUCAAAUCCUACAAGAGAUCUGUUGAGGAUGCGGAAGAACAAGCUAAUGCCAAUCUGGGCAAGUUCCGUAAGAUACAGCAUGAGCUGGAUGAGGCAGAGGAGAGGGCGGAUAUUGCUGAAUCUCAGGUCAACAAGCUGAGAGCCAAGAGCCGUGAUACUGGAUCCAAGAUGGUGGAUGUGAUGUCAGAAUUCGGGCCAGCCGCCCCGUUCUUACGAAAGUCAGACAAGGAGCGUCUGGAGGCCCAAACUCGCCCCUUCGACAUGAAGAAAGAAUGCUUUGUGCCCGACCCUGCGGUUGAGUUCGUCAAAGCCUCCAUCACCAGUAGAGACGGUGACAAAGUCACUGUUGACACUGAAUUCGGGAAGACAGUCACUGUGAAGGAGAUUGAUGUUCACCCCCAGAAUCCACCAAAGUUCGAUAAAAUUGAGGACAUGGUGAUGUUCACCUUCCUGCACGAGCCCGCAGUGCUGUUUAACCUCAAAGAGCGUUACGCAGCCUGGAUGAUCUACACCUACUCUGGGCUCUUCUGUGUCACUGUGAACCCCUACAAGUUUUUGCCAGUGUACAACCAGGAAGUUGUGAAUGCAUAUAGAGGAAAGAAACGAAAUGAGGCCCCUCCACACAUCUUCUCCAUCUCAGACAAUGCCUACCAGUACAUGCUGUCAGACAGAGAAAACCAGUCCGUCCUGAUCACUGGAGAAUCCGGUGCUGGAAAGACUGUGAACACUAAAAAAGUAAUCCAGUACUUUGCAAGCAUUGCAGCAGCAUCAACUGGCAAGAAGGAUCCAUCAAUGGAGAAAAAGGGUACUCUGGAGGAUCAAAUCAUCCAGUGUAAUCCUGCUCUGGAGGCUUUCGGUAACGCCAAGACCAUCAGAAAUGACAACUCCUCCAGAUUUGGUAAAUUUAUCCGUAUCCACUUUGGCCACAGUGGAAAGUUAGCUUCUGCUGACAUUGAGACUUAUCUGCUGGAGAAGUCUCGUGUCACUUUUCAGCUCAAAGCUGAGAGAGACUACCACAUCUUCUAUCAGAUUCUGUCCCAGAGAAGACCAGAACUGCUGGAGAUGCUGCUCAUCACCAACAACCCCUAUGACUACGCCUUCAUCUCCCAAGGAGAAACACAAGUGGCAUCUAUUGAUGAUGGUGACGAGCUUCAAGCCACUGAUGAAGCGUUCGAUGUGUUGGGCUUCACCCAGGAAGAGCAGAACAGCAUCUACAAGCUGACUGGAUCCGUCAUGCACUUUGGCAACAUGAAGUUCAAACAGAAGCAAAGAGAGGAACAGGCCGAGGCUGAUGGGACUGAGGAAGCUGACAAAAUCUCAUAUCUGAUGGGCCUAAAUUCAGCUGACCUGAUCAAGGGUUUGCUCCACCCAAGAGUCAAAGUAGGAAAUGAGUGGGUCACCAAGGGACAGAGUGUCCAGCAGGUGUACUACUCUAUUGGUGCUCUGGCAAAGUCAGUGUAUGAGAAGAUGUUCCUCUGGAUGGUUGUGAGAAUCAACCAAUCACUGGAAACCAAACAGCCUCGCCAGUACUUCAUUGGUGUGCUGGACAUUGCUGGAUUUGAGAUCUUUGAUGUAAGCUGAAAUCACCUGAUUAUGUUUAUUCACAAAAAAAUUCAACAAGAAGUGCAACCUGUUUGACCAUUGUGAUUAUACGUUAUAUUCCAUCUGCAGUCCAACACCUUUGAGCAGCUGUGCAUCAAUUUCACUAAUGAGAAGUUGCAGCAGUUCUUCAACCACCACAUGUUUGUGCUGGAGCAAGAGGAAUACAAGAAGGAGGGCAUUGAUUGGGUGUUUAUUGACUUUGGCAUGGACCUGCAGGCUUGCAUUGAGCUUAUUGAGAAGCCCAUGGGUAUCAUGUCCAUCCUUGAAGAGGAGUGCAUGUUCCCCAAAGCCAGUGAUGCUACAUUUAAAGCUAAGCUUUAUGACAAUCACUUGGGGAAAAAUCCAAACUUCCAGAAGCCCAGGAUUGUCAAGGGUAAACCAGAGGCUCAUUUUGCCCUCGUUCACUAUGCUGGUACUGUGGACUACAACAUUGCAAACUGGCUGGUGAAGAACAAAGACCCGCUCAAUGAGACGGUUGUAGGGUUUUUCCAGAAGUCAACUCUUAAGCUGUUGAGUGUUCUGUUUGCUAAUUUUGCUACUGAUGACUCAGCUGCGGACUCUGGAGGAAAGGCUGCCAAAGGCAGCAAAAAGAAGGGUUCUUCCUUCCAGACGGUGUCAGCCCUUCAUAGGGAGAACUUGAACAAGCUGAUGACCAACUUGAGGUCAACUCACCCUCACUUUGUGCGCUGCCUCAUCCCCAAUGAGAGCAAGACUCCUGGGGCGAUGGAGAAUCCUCUGGUCAUGCACCAGCUGCGCUGUAACGGUGUGCUGGAGGGCAUCAGGAUCUGCAGGAAGGGAUUCCCCAACAGGAUCCUGUAUGGAGAUUUCAAACAACGAUACCGCAUCCUAAAUCCUGCUGCUAUCCCUGAGGGACAGUUCAUUGAUAACAAGAAGGGUGCAGAAAAACUUCUGGGCUCCCUGGACAUCGAUCACGAACAGUACAAGUUAGGGCAUACUAAGGUCUUUUUUAAGGCUGGUCUUCUGGGUGGUCUUGAAGAGAUGCGAGAUGACCGUCUUGCACUUAUUAUAACUGGAAUUCAGUCCAUGUCUCGUGGUUUUCUAUCAAGAGAGGAGUUCCAGAAAAUUGUGGAAAGAAGAGAUUCUCUGCUGGUGAUCCAGUGGAACGUACGUGCUUUCAUGGGUGUCAAGAAUUGGCCCUGGAUGAAGCUCUACUUCAAGAUCAAGCCUCUGUUGAAAAGUGCAGAGUCCGAGAAAGAAAUGGCCAACAUGAAGGAGGAAUUCACCAAGUUGAAGGAAGCUUUUGCCAAAUCUGAAGCCCGCAGAAAGGAGCUUGAAGAAAAGAUGGUUUCUCUUAUCCAAGAGAAGAACGACCUGCAGCUUUUAGCACAGUCUGAGCAAGAUAAUCUUACAGAUGCUGAGGAGAGAUGUGAGGGUCUGAUCAAGAGCAAGAUCCAGCUUGAGGCCAAAGUCAAAGAAAUGACUGAGAGACUGGAGGAUGAAGAUGAAAUGAAUGCUGAGCUGACUGCAAAGAAACGAAAGCUGGAGGAUGAAUGCUCUGAGCUCAAGAAGGACAUUGAUGAUCUUGAGCUCACUCUGGCCAAAGUGGAGAAAGAGAAACAUGCCACUGAGAACAAGGUUAAAAACAUGAUAGAAGAGAUGGCAGCUUUGGAUGAAAUCAUCGCUAAGCUGACCAAGGAGAAGAAAGCUCUUCAGGAGGCCCAUCAGCAAACGCUGGAUGACCUCCAGAGUGAGGAAGACAAAGUCAAUACACUCACCAAAGCCAAAGCCAAGCUGGAGCAACAAGUGGAUGAUCUUGAAGGUUCUCUGGAACAAGAAAAGAAAAUCCGCAUGGAUCUUGAGAGAGCUAAAAGAAAGCUUGAGGGGGACUUGAAGUUGACUCAAGAGAAUGUGAUGGAUUUGGAAAAUGAUAAGCAGCAGAUAGAGGAGCGACUAAAGAAAAAAGACUUUGAAAUAAGCCAGCUCAAUAGCAAGAUGGAAGAUGGACAAGCUUUGGAGUCCCAACUCCAGAAAAAACUGAAAGAGUUGCAGGCCAGAAUUGAAGAGCUUGAGGAAGAGCUGGAGGCUGAGAGAGCUGCUCGCGCCAAAGUUGAGAAACAGAGAGCUGAUCUGUCCAGAGAACUGGAGGAGAUCAGUGAGAGGUUGGAGGAGGCUGGUGGAGCCACUGUUGCCCAGAUUGAGAUGAACAAGAAACGUGAAGCUGAGUUCCAGAAACUGCGCAGAGACCUUGAAGAGGCCACUCUGCAACAUGAGGCGACUGCGGCUACACUGAGGAAGAAACAUGCUGACAGUGUGGCUGAUCUGGGGGAGCAGAUUGACAACCUCCAGAGAGUGAAGCAGAAGCUGGAGAAAGAGAAGAGUGAACUCAGACUGGAACUGGACGAUGUGGUCUCCAAUAUGGAGCAGCUUGCCAAGGCAAAGACAAACCUGGAGAAAAUGUGCAGGACUCUGGAAGACCAGAUGAGUGAGUACAGAGCCAAGGCUGAGGAAGGUCAGCGCACAAUCAAUGAUUUCACCAUGCAAAAAGCCAAGCUGCAAACUGAGAAUGGUGAACUUGCCAGACAGUUUGAGGAGAAAGACUCCCUGGUGACUCAGUUAACCAGAGGCAAACAAUCCAACACUCAGCAAAUUGAAGACCUCAAGAGACAGCUCGAAGAAGAAGUCAAGGCUAAGAAUGCCCUGGCCCAUGCAGUUCAGUCUGCUCGUCAUGAUGCUGAUCUGCUGAGGGAGCAAUAUGAGGAGGAGCAAGAAGCCAAGGCUGAGCUACAGCGUGGUAUGUCCAAGGCAAACACUGAAGUGGCUCAGUGGAGAACCAAGUAUGAAACUGAUGCCAUCCAGAGGACUGAGGAGCUGGAGGAAGCCAAGAAAAAGCUGACUCAGCGUCUGCAAGAUGCAGAAGAAGCUGUGGAAGCUGUCAAUGCUAAAUGCUCCUCUCUAGAGAAGACCAAGCACAGGCUGCAGAAUGAGAUUGAAGAUCUCAUGGUGGAUGUGGAGAGAUCCAAUGCUGCUGCUGCUGCUCUGGACAAGAAGCAAAGAAACUUUGAUAAAGUCCUGGCUGAGUGGAAGCAGAAGUAUGAGGAGUCCCAAACGGAACUGGAAAGUGCCCAAAAAGAAGCUAGAUCUCUGAGCACUGAACUCUUUAAAUUGAAAAACUCGUAUGAGGAGUCAUUGGACCACCUGGAGUGCAUGAAGAGAGAAAACAAGAAUCUCCAAGAGGAAAUUUCUGACCUCACUGAGCAACUUGGUGAGAGUGGGAAGAAUAUUCAUGAGCUGGAGAAACUACGAAAACAACUUGAGCAGGAGAAACAAGAGAUACAAACUGCUCUCGAAGAGGCUGAGGGUUCCCUUGAACAUGAGGAAGGCAAGAUACUUAGAGCUCAGCUUGAGUUCAAUCAGGUCAAAGCUGAUAUUGAACGUAAGCUGACGGAGAAAGAUGAAGAGAUGGAGCAGGCCAAGAGGAACCAGCAGAGAGUGGUGGAUACCCUGCAAAGCUCACUGGAAUCAGAGACUCGCAGCAGGAAUGAAGCUCUCAGACUGAAGAAGAAGAUGGAGGGAGACCUCAAUGAGAUGGAGAUUCAGCUCAGCCAGGCAAACAGACAGGCAUCAGAAGCCCAGAAGCAACUCAAGGGUCUUCAUGGACAUCUCAAAGAUGCCCAACUGCAACUAGAUGACGCUCUUCGUAGUAAUGAUGAUCUCAAAGAGAACAUCGCCAUUGUGGAGAGACGCAACAAUCUGCAGCAGGCUGAACUGGAUGAGCUGAGAUCCCUGGUGGAACAAACUGAGAGAGGAAGGAAACUGGCUGAGCAGGAACUGCUGGAUGUCAGUGAGAGAGUUCAGCUCCUGCAUUCUCAGAACACCAGCCUGCUGAAUCAAAAGAAGAAGCUGGAGGGGGAUAAUACUCAGCUUCAGACUGAGGUUGAGGAGGCAGUGCAGGAGAACAGGAAUGCCGAGGAAAAAGCCAAGAAGGCCAUUACUGAUGCUGCCAUGAUGGCAGAAGAGCUGAAGAAGGAGCAGGACACCAGUGCUCAUCUGGAGCGCAUGAAGAAGAACAUGGAGCAGACCAUCAAGGACCUGCAGCACCGUCUGGAUGAGGCUGAGCAGAUCGCCAUGAAGGGGGGCAAGAAGCAGGUCCAGAAACUGGAGGCCAGAGUGAGAGAACUGGAAAGUGAGGUGGAGAUAGAACAGAGAAAGGCCAGUGACUCCAUCAAGGGGAUUCGUAAAUAUGAGAGACGCAUCAAGGAGCUCACCUACCAGACUGAGGAAGACCGAAAGAAUCUGGCUCGUUUGCAGGAUCUGGUGGACAAACUCCAGCUGAAGGUCAAGUCCUACAAGAGAUCUGCUGAGGUGGCGGAAGAACAAUCCAAUGCUAAUCUGGGCAAGUUCCGUAAGAUACAGCAUGAGCUGGAUGAGGCAGAGGAGAGGGCGGAUAUUGCUGAAUCUCAGGUCAACAAGCUUAGAGCCAAGACUCGUGAUACUGGAUCCAAUAAAAAGGGGGCUGAUGAAGAGUGAAAAUAAUAGAUGGGUCUCUUCAAACAUUGAUUGCUGUGACAAUCUCUUCUGUAGCUCUGUAGAAUAAACCAAACAUGAAAAUGAA